AUCUCACUCGCUACCUUGGUUUUCACAGUAAAGGUUUACAGCUUAAUGUUUAGAAUGAGGUAGGCAUCAGUCUAUAGGUCUAGGGCAGUGUGAAUUGAACAAUUAACUGAAUCACUAAAUAGGUCUUAUGAUAUCGGUAUUGAGUAAUUAACUGAAUCACUAAAUAGGUCUUAUGAUAUCGGUAUUGAGUAAUUAACUGAAUCACUAAAUAGUUCUUAUGAUAUCGGUAUUGAGUAAUUAACUGAAUCACUAAAUAGGUCUUAUGAUAUCGGUAUUGAGUAAUUAACUGAAUCACUAUAUAGGUCUUAUGACAUUGUUCAUUGAGUAAUUAACAUAAUCACUUUAUAGGUCUAUGACAUUGUUCAUUGCGUAAUUAGCAGAAUCACUCUAUUGGUAUAUGACAUUGUUCAUUGCGUAAUUAGCAGAAUCACUCUAUUGGUCUGAGGCAGUGGUCAGCAAUUCACGCCCCGGGAGCUGCAUGCGGCUAAUUAGCAACUUGAGUGCGGUCGGGCCAGUCGGUCACAAAUCGGAUUUGACUCUGAAAAAACAUGGUUCUUGAUAGGUUCUUGAAAAGAAAGUUAGCUCUCAAUGUUUUUAAAUCGCGCUGCUCCUGAAUUAUGUCUCUUUUGACUAAUGAGUUUGCCGACCACUGAGCUAUGACAUUGUUCACUCAGUAAUUAACAGAAAAUACAGAUAGUUCUAAUACUUGCCAUUCGGCAUCUUAUUUUUAACUAUUCAAUGAGCUGCAGCGAUGCAUCCAAUACUCUUUUUUUUUUUUAAUGCAGUGCAUGAGUGGAGGGUUGGAUACUCCGAUUCCCUAUUUCGUAAUAAAGUCCUCUAGAUUUUCUUUUAGCAUUGCAUUUGAUUUUCUAUGCAACUCAAUCGCCAUUGUUAUAAAUAUGACUUUUCUUGGCGGUUCAAGAACAAUUGUUAAACUUGUAGUUUAAAUUUUCUAUAGGUGGUAUAUUUACAUCUUUUUAAUAUUACAAUUUCCAGCCGGUGACUUAAGACUAUUUUAAAAAAAGCCACUUUUUGUUUCAGGGGGGCCAUGGGAUUCGUCACGUGUUUGAACUUCGCCACUUGUUUCUUCAUAAUCAUCAACAUGUCCUCGGGAGAUCCACUACCAUGUAAGCGAACUGAUAUUAAACAUGUGUAUUGUACGACUUUCAUAAGUUAUAAUACAAACUCAUACUCUUUCUCUUUCACUUUCUUUCUCUCUCUCUCUCUCUUGCUCUCUCUCGCUCUCUCUUUUUCUCUCUCUCCCAUUUUCUCUCUUUCUUUCUUUUUCUGUCUCUCUUUUUCUCUUUUUCUCUCUCUUUAUCAUUUUCACACUCUCUCUUUCUCUCUCUUUGUCUCACUUCCACUCUUUCUCUCCAUCCAUCCAUUCAUAGAUUCAUCCAUCUACGUACCUACCUUCCUAGCUACCUACAUGCAUAUCUACAUACCUACCUACUUAUAGAUCUCUCUCUCUCUCUCUUUCUCUCUCUUUCUCGCUCGCUCACAUACUUUCAUGAGUUAGCAGUACAGCUAAAUAGCUUCAUAAAAUCCUGGAAGUCUAAUAUUAUUAUUAUUUGAUGAUAUUCGUUUAAAUUCACUUUGAUGUUCUCAUAACAUGACUUGCUUUUCACGUCUUAAUUACUUUGACUCCAACACGAUUCUAUACAAGCAAUCCUACACGAACUUCCUUUCAUCGCAAAACUGGUCUCUUGUACGCACAACUGGUCUUUUGUACGCACUACUGGUCUCUUGUACGCACUACUGGUAUUUUGUACGCACAACUGGUCUUUUGUACGCAUAACUGGUCUCUUGUACGCACUACUGGUCUCUUGUAUGCACAACUGGUCUUUUGUACGCAUAACUGGUCUCUUGUACGCACUAUUGGUCUAUUGUACGCACUACUUUCUCUUGUACGUACUACUGAUCACUAGCACGCACUAUUCGUCUCUUGUACGCAUGGCUGUUCUCUUGUACGCACUACUGGUCUCGUGUACGCUCUACUGGUCUCUUGCAUGUCCUACUGGUCUCUUGCUAGCACUAUUGAGUUCUUCUCAAUCGAUCAAUGAUGCAUAAAAAAAGAGGAUGACGAUAAAUUGACGGUAGAUUCUUGCUUCUAAUCACCAGCACAACAGAAGUUGCCUCUUAAAGACAUCCCAGACCACCAGACCACUGUUCAUCAUUUACAACAGAUUGCCAAGCUGAUGGAUCUAAUCAUGAAUGCAGCGAAGACAGUUCAGCCGUUUCACAAAAAGCAGGGAAUCAUUGGAGUCUCGUCUGGCGACCUGGACAAAGUGAGCGCCGAAAUAGUUUCACCUGAAGAAGCUCAGAACAAUCCUUGGACUCAACCUCCAGAAGUCACUACAGAAAAUAGUUUAAUCUCUCGAGCAGAAACAGGCUUCAUAGCAAUGGACCGUGUUUCGAUGGGUGAUUCAGGAACAGAGAGUAUCAUUAUUGAUCUUCUCAGAGAAUACUGCUACAGACUAGUUAUCAGCGGAGCUAAAGACAUUCCUACGUACUGCUACCAAGUAAUUCAGGGGUAGCGGGCCGCCACUGUGUGACGCGGUGAGGCUGAGCAUUUAUGAGCUACCGACGACAGUGAGGUGCGUCGUGUCCGGACGAUCAUAGCUGAAUCGGAAAUUGUGACGCGCCAUGCAUCCGCUUGUUUUGGGUGCGUAAGGCAAACACAUCCUGGAGGCAUUAAAUAAUUCGAGAGAUGACCUACGUUUUAAAACCGUACAGUUGUGUUUGGGACAAUCAUGUCGCACGUUCUAUAGUUGCAUAGUGCUAUUUUAAAAAAUGUUACCUCGGUCAUGGGGAUACAAGUAUCACGCAGUCUAGUGAUCGCGCUAGACAGGUUGAAUGAUGAAUUUAUCUAGAUAAUAAAGUAGGCUAGAUAAAGCGAGAUGAAAAUAUGCUAUAUAAAAUAAAGUAUGCUACAUAAAGAGAGAGUAAAAUAGGCUAUAAAAGAGAGAGUAAAGUAGGCAUUACAAAGAGAGAGUAAAAUAGGCAUUACAAAGAGAUUAAAGUAGGCCAUAUAAAAAGAGGGUAUAGUAUGCUAUAUAAAGAGAGAGCAAAGUAGGGUAUAUAAAGAGAACGUAAAGAAGACUAUAUGAGCAGAAAGUAAAGUAGGCUCUAUUUAGAGAGAGUAAGUAGGCUAUAUAAAGAGAGAGUAAGUAGGCUAUAUAAAGAGAGAGUAAAGUAGGCUAUAUAAAGAUCAAGCUAAAACGUGAAGCAUCACGUAGUUUGCUCAAUAAUUGGCGAGUCCUAUUUUCCAAGAGACAAGGCGAACCACUCUUCAUCCAGCAGAUAUUUACAAUCCCAUUGUCAGAUGUCAAAUGUUUUUGUAUUAUGUUCACUGUUAUAUGCUUUGGUGGAGUAAACGAACAAUAAUUUUAAAUGAAGAUUAUCUUUGUCAUUGUGUUGUUAAAUGAAGACUAACUUUGAUAUUGUUGUUAAAUGAAGAAUAUCUGUGACAUGGUGUUGUUAAAAGAAGAUUAUCUUUGUGAUAAAGACAAGCAAUUUUAACCGAUGACUCAAAUGAAAUUGGCUUAAAAUUAUUAUAGCUAACUUAUUUUAACUUUAAAAAUUAAUUAUUCUUGACUGAAGGUUACAUAUGCUGAGAGAAGAUGAUAAAUAAUUUAGUUGCUGAAGAAUAUGGAUUUGACUAAAGACUACAUAUAUCGAUUAAAGACUUCAUUUAUGGUCUAAAGAUUUCAUAUGUUCAGUUUCAAUUAAUUAAAUUGAUUAGAGGUUAAUCACGUUGAGUGAAGUCUAAUAAUUUAUAUUAAAUAUUUCUUCUUGCUUGUGAUUUAAAUUACUUAUGUUAAUUUAAAAUUAAGUAUGUUGACUGUUGACUCAAGAUUUGGAGAAAUUAAUAAAUACUACUGUUUACAUUUAUG